AUGAAUGGGAGUUGGAGUGAAGCGCACGAUCCCGAAGGUCGUGUCUACUACUAUCACACAGAAUCCGGUGAAACAACGUGGGAAAAACCUAUUGAACUUUAUACUGAACUCGAACUGCAGCUACAUAAGCAUGGUUGGAAAGCUGCAGAAACAGACGAGGGUAAGAUAUAUUACUACAACGAGGAAUCAGGGAAAUCCAGCUGGGAAGUACCGGCAUUUCCAGAUUCUGCAGAACAAUCUCCUCCCUCAGAGGGCCCAGAAAUAAUAAAUGAAAAAGCGGCAGAAAUCACGCCAAAAGUGGAAGAAGCUGCCGUUGGUGAUCCCAACAACGCCCAAAAUUACGGGAAUUUGGAAUUGUAUCAGCUCGAAUCCAAGCUUGUCGACACUAGCAACAAAUCUCGUGCCGACGCCGAACGCAUUUUCUUGCAAAUGCUCGAAGACAACCAAAUUGACUCUACGUGGUCAUUCAAUAGAAUAAUUUCGGAGCUUGGCUGCUGCGACCCUCGUUACUGGUGUGUCGACGAUGACCCUCUGUGGAAAAGAAGGAUGUUCGAACAGUACCUCGCCAAUAGAACAGAAGAUCAACUUCUCAAAGAACAUUCCGCGGUAAACAAGUUCAAGGAUGCGUUUCGCGCCAUGCUAGAACAGCAUUCACAGAUCCAGUACUACACAAGAUGGUCUACAGCCAAACGUUUAUUCGCAAAUGAGCCAAUCUAUAAGCAUUCUGUGGUAAGUGAUCGCACAAAGCGUGCGGUUUUUCAGGAAUACGUGGACGACCUUCGCAAACAGCAUUUCGGGAACGUCGAAAAGACAAAACAGCAAGCAAUCGUAGAACUACGAGAUUACUUAAGUGCAAUUAUUCCGGAUAAACAGCAUUUGAUCCCAUGGCACGAGCUCUCCAGCAAGCAUCUUUUUGAAAACAGCACCAGAUUCACUUCCAACCGGCAUUUUCAAACUCUCUCGAAGCAUGAUGUGCUACAACAAUAUGUGAUUUUGGUAGAAGGCUUUUCGAGCACAGUUUUCGAUGAUGUGGAGCGCGUCAAAAGUGCAAACUUCACGUCUGAUCGGAAAGCUAGAGAUCGGUUCCGGCAGCUAUUGGCCGACCACAGCAAAGAGAUACGAUGCACGACUAAAUGGGAAGACAUAUAUUCUUCGAUAAAAUCAGAUGCUAGGUUCAAGAUGCUAUUGGGUCGCAACGGCUCUUCAGCGCUUGAUCUUUUCCUGGACCAGGUCGAAGAAAGGGCUUUGGUAAUGAAGGCUCAACAAAGUAUUGCGAGCCAAAUCUUGAUAGACAAUAACUACGAGUGGGACACGGAUGCCGAGGUUAAUACCACCAGACUUACGGAUUUACUGAGCAGUCAAUCUCAACUUUUGGAAAUCGACCAGACAGAUCGGGAAAUAUUGGUUUCAAAACUUUUGACCCAGCACGACCAGAAGUUGGCACGUCAGCUGGAAAUGGAGCAAAGGUUGUGGGAGCAACGUAAAAACUAUUUCAAUCUUCUUCUACAACGGGUUUUCUCGGGUACAGGAACUAAGCCAACAACUUUCGACGAGGCACGCAAACAGCUCACCGAUCACGCAGAAUAUAGAGAUUUGGACGACGACGAUGAGACCAGAAUACGGCUGUUCAAGGCUUUCGAACCUAGUAAGACAGUACCGGAGCAUUCUGGCGGAACGACCAGUGCACCUUCAGUGACCGCACUACCGCGAAAGCGCCAAAUGGCACCAGUGGAGCUGGAUUAUUAA